AAAAACCUGAAAAUAAUAUAUUGCAUUCACAAAUCCCAUUGUUCGCCACCAACAUAUGGCUUCCGAGAGAAGUUUCGAAAUGUGAUUGUGUCGAAUUGGAGAGAAGUACAAUUCGACAAGUUUUGAAAUAUGAUUGUGUAAAGUGGAACGCGCCUUCCAUUAUUUUUGGUAUAUCGCAGCUGAAGUAUAUGAACUAAGGAACUCUAUAUUUAAUUCAAGUAAAGGGGGACAUUCUUCGGAAUUGGGUGGAUGGUCGGAGCGCAGGAGGGAGGGAAAGCAUAGACCAUAGAAGGCGCCAGUACAGUGCAAAGCAGGGUAGAUAAAGAUGAUUGUGAGGAGCCCUCCUCCUAAGCGCAGAGCGCCUCCGAGCAAUGAUCAAAUUGUGCAACGUUCCUCCGCGGAUCUCUUUGCCCUUCCACAAAAUCAUUAUAACGCCAACGAAAGUUCCUCCCCCGGGAUGUUAUGUACUUAUCAAUGCCGUCAGAUGGUAAAAUCAGAAGUGCUUGAAGACUUGGGCAUGAGAGAAAAGGAAGUUGUGGAUCUCCAAUCUAGGGUCGAGUCAUUGGAAGAAGACAAUAGUAACAAAGAUCUCCAGAAAACCAAAUUAGAAGGUCGUAUUCAACAAAUGGAGCAGGAGCUAGCAGCUGCAAAUGCUCGUGAGAAGGCUGUUCAGGAACAAUUUUCAAAAGAGUUGAAAGAGUUUCAAGAAUGUCUUCAGACACGCAUGAAGCAAUCUAGUGCACUAGAGAUGAAACUUCAGCAUGAAAUGAAGCUACGUGCUGAAACAGAAUCAGUAGCGACUAUUGCUAAUGAUAAAGUUACAAUGCUUGAAGAGAAAAUGAAGAAGUCAUCCGACGUUGCUAAAAGUGAAAUUGCCAGUCUGAAGUCUGAAAUCUUAAGAAUGCAGAAGGAAUCUGAUCUUGCAGUUCUUCGAUUCAGGGCAGAGAUCGAGAGAGAAACCUGUAGAGCAAAUAGCUCAGAGCAGGAAGUAGAACUUUUGAUGAAACAAUAUGAUGACCUUAAAGGCCAGUUAUCUGAGUGUUUAAAUAAGAAAACUGAACUGGAGCAAGAACUGUCCAAUACCAUAGCAGCAGCACAAGGUUCAAGCAUACACGAAAAUGAUACAAUUGUGAAGAAUCUUCAGGAGGAGCUCAGACACUAUGAGGCUGAAGUGGCUGAGGCAAGAAAAUUGAAGAUAUUUCAUGUGAAUGCUGAGUUGUUAAGAGAGAAACUUUUGGAAGAAAAGCAGCGCGCAGAUCGGGCUGAAUCAGCCAUAGAAUGUUUGCCAGAGCUUCAGUUGAAAAUAAUUGACUUGGAAAAUCAGUUGAAGUCCUGGAGAUCUAUGAUUGGUGAUCUUCCUGGCAUAGACAGUCCUGAUGAUGUGCCUCGGAAGAUUUCAGACUUACAAAAGGAAGCAGUGGGAAAUAUGGCAAAAGUUGGUGAGAUGGCUAUAUCGUUGAAGGAGCUCAAGGCUGUACUUGAAAAAGAGGAGUAUGAAAGGCUGCAAGCUAACAAACAAGCUGCUUCAGCUAGAGAAGAAGUGGAGGCGGCAAUGAGCAAUAUUGGGAGGCUUGAACGAAAGAUUGCACUUCUUAGCAAAGAAAGGGAUGGCUUGAAGGCAAUAAUUUCUUCAUAUGAUGAGGAGGAAGCAGUUGGACUCAAAAGACAGAAAUUAGGGGAUGCAUCUGCUCUUGAGAAGUCAAAGAAUAAGAGGAUUCAGGAACUGGAAGCUUCUCUUUCAAGGUCUGUGAGUAACAUAAAGCAAUUAGAACAAGAUUUAAUCGAGCAAGGAGAAAGCCUUAAGAGUCAACGUCGCAAGUCGGAGUUCCUUGCUCAGGAAGUUGAUGAUGCAUUAAGGAAAAUAAAAGCUCUAGAACGUGAAGGGGAUCGCCUUAGAUGUGAGAUUGCCACGUAUGAAUCCAAGCUUGGACAUGGCGAUUUUAAUCAUGCAACAACAAAGGUAUUACAUAUGGUGAAUACCUUGGGGACACAUAACCAAGAAAAGGACACCAAGGAGUCUCUACAAUUGGAUUUGCAAAGACUUCAGGCAAAGUUGAGAGCUAUUGAGGAUAGGAAGGGGAAUCUUGAGGAUGGUAGAUCUACAAAUACUUUAAUAUCCGAGGAAGCAUCUCAAUUGAAAGCACAAAUUGCUACACUAGAAAAACGAGAGGAAAGGUACAAGAAGGUAUUUGCAGAGAAAAUUUCUGUUUUCAGGCUUGCAUGCUGCUCACUUUUUGGAUACAAGAUACAAAUGGAUGAACAACAAAGACCAAGUGGAAUACCAGUCACAUUAUUUACUCUUCAGUCUAUAUAUGCACUUAGCGAUGAUGAUAAACUUGAAUUUGAAUAUGAAUCAGGGAACAUGAAUCUGCAGAUGAACGAGUAUACUUCUCAACCUGAGAUAUCACGUGAGGUGGAUGUCUUCCUGCACAAGUUCCACUCAAUUCCAGCUUUCACUGCAAAUCUAACAGUUGAACUGUUUAACAGAUCAACAAUGACUUAAAAUUUUGAGGAAAGUUCUUAUUAAGAUGGGUAGAAGAGGAAACUUUGCAUUUUGAGAAGGAUAUAUGUAAAAUUUGGUUCUUCAAAAUGUUUGAAAGAAAACUGGAAAGCUUUAUGAUUAAAUUACGUGUGAUAAGAGGAUAUUGAAAAGAAUAUUAUGAAUGAUCUAUGAAACCAAAGAACUGAAAAUAUAAGCAGGUAAGUCAGAGAAUCUGGGUCGAUCUGAUUUCCAUAUAUUUGAUUGGAUGGCUAUGAUGUAUCUAGCAUGAUGAAAUAGUUGUGCAUCAAGGGUCAGAAAGUUUUAUUUAAGAGGACUGCAAAAUAUCUCAUUGCAAUAUACAUCUAUAGACCACAAUACAGCAAAAUAACGUUUCAAGAGUCUUAUCUGUUUUCAUGUGAUUACUCUGGGUUGUAAAGUGAAAAGACUUGUCCGCAUGGGCUAAUUUCCUUCCUACAUUAUUAUUUGUAUAUUAAGGUACGAACAGAAGAUACCUCAAAGGUUUGAACUUCACAUAUAUUGAAGUCAAUGGCAAUCAGAAUUGUAAUUUGUAAUCA